CUCCUCAACGCCCACUGCUCUCCUCGUCACUUUUGCUGGUUUUUACUCGUUCAGAUAGAUCGCUUUGGACUGUGUAUAAUAUCCGGGACUUGCCUCAGAACCCUUGCACAUUGGGAGAUCACUGUGUAUCAGCUCACUUCGAAGUGGAAAGUUACAGUGCCGCAUACAGCAUAUACCCAUGUCAAAACGGCGUGUAUCGUACUAUUAUGACAAUGAUGUCGGCCUUUUCUCGUACGGUCUUGGACAUCCGAUGAAGCCGCACCGGAUACGCAUGACGCAUGAUCUCGUCUCUGCAUAUGGCAUGCUCGACAAGAUGGACAUUUUACGACCCCGACGAGCUUCUCCAACAAAUAUGACCGCGUUCCACACAGAUGAAUAUAUCCACUUCUUGGGCAGAGUGACGCCGGAGACGGCAGAGGAGUUGACAUAUCAUGGGACGCGCUUCUUGGUAGGAGAGGACAAUCCUGCAUUUGAAGGCGUCUUCGAGUUUUGCACGAUAUCCGCAGGCGGGUCAAUAGAUGCUGCGAAGCGUAUUGCCGCUGGAGCAACAGACAUCGCAAUCAACUGGGCUGGUGGACUACAUCACGCCAAAAAGCGCGAAGCUUCUGGGUUCUGCUACGUCAACGAUAUCGUACUUGGCAUCCUUGAGCUCUUGCGAACAUUUCCGCGUGUACUGUACAUCGACAUUGACUGCCACCACGGGGACGGUGUUGAAGAAGCAUUCUACACGACGGAUCGAGUGCUUACAUGCUCGUUCCACAAGUUUGGGGAGUAUUUCCCGGGCACGGGACAUGUUGAUGACCAUGGGAGGGAUAAGGGCCUUGGUUAUGCUGUUAACGUCCCGCUAAGAGAUGGCCUUACGGAUGAAGCCUUCAAGGGUGUUUUCGAACCUGUGAUUCAACGUAUUCUCGAGUGGUACCAACCUUCUGCCGUUGUACUUCAAUGCGGGGCAGAUUCACUUUCAGGCGACAAGCUCGGGUGCUUCAACCUCACGAUGGAGGGACACGCCAGCAGCGUGCAAUACCUCCGUAAAUCGGGACUUCCUCUUAUUCUACUCGGCGGCGGCGGAUAUACGAUCAAGAACGUUUCGCGAGCUUGGGCAUAUGAGACAGCGUGUGCGCUCAACAUAGAGGAUACGAUUGAUCGGAACUUACCGUGGAAUGCAUAUUUUGAGUGGUUUGGCCCAAGGUAUCGGUUGGAGGUUGCAGAAAACAAUAUGGAUGAUUUGAAUCCGAAGGAUGGCUACUUAGAAAGUAUAAAAGAACAGGUGUUCAAACAAAUGUCGGCGUUACCCUUCGCACCCUCCGUACAGAUGCACGAAGUCCCAGGGGAAAGUUUAGGCGAGCAUCUCGGAAUUCCUCCCUUCGAUAUCGAAGAGAACCAGGAAUCAGAAGAACUUGACAAUAAACUCGGUCAACAAUUCCGCCGUGUAUUCAAUCUUCGCCGGAACGAGUCGUCAUCAAGUGACGACGACGGGCCAUCAUCACCCGACUCCGACUCAGACGACAUACAAGCAACCGAAAGGAGUCGAAGACACCUAUAUCCACAUCGUUAUGCAAAACGCAUGAGUCUACUUGGGUCUAUGAAGACGUCUAUCACGGACGAAGACGCAGGCCAGACGGCUCGAAGGUUCUUCCACAGUGCGGCUGUGUGGGAUCCUACUUUGAAGACUGUUGUGUUGAGAGAUGGUGUAGGUGCUGCGCGGGGUGAUUUACCUUCGAUGGAUUUGACAGGUCCUCCGACUAGUCAGGAGCGGAUGCAACUUCAGAUGAAUGGUGUGGAUGAAGACGACAUGGCUGUUGACGCAGACGAGAGGUGGGGGAAUGGUGAUGUUUCGAUCAGUGUCGAGUCGUGAUUUUCGCAAUACGUCUUGUCUACUCACAGUCUCCUCCCGCCUGCAUACACACACACUUGACUACGCUUGGUGAUUCCGUCAACCGUUCAUCCUACCCCAUACAUAUGAUCAUAUCUAUCCGUUUUUCUAGUGCUUUAACACUUGCUAUCGCGAUGCUUUCGGAUUCAGUUGUCUAUUCGUCCCCAUUUGGUUGUUCCUUCACAAUUCUUGCACAGUACUAUAUCGUCCUAGAGUUGCAUUUGUAGUUAGGAUUAAUACUGCAUAUA